AAAACCCACUUCUUCUUCUCCUAGUUCAACUUUAAGUAACUAAAAUAAACCGUAAUCAUCGCAAUUACUGCAUAAGAUAUCACUUUUACCUUAAUAGUAAUAAUUGAUACAAUUAAUUCUUUUAAUUAUAAUUAUUGCCGAGUGUGAACAAACAGUUGAGUAUAACCAAAGCAUGCAAAACAGCAUUAACAAAAACCCAAAACGUUCAUUCAUUUCUCAAACGGUUAUGAAAUUGAAUUGAAUUUUCGUUUACAGUGAAGAAGUUCAAAUUGCUAUUGUUAUACACAUUUUCGUGUUUUGGUGAAUCGAUUUUGCAUUUGCAAAAUUGCAAUGGUUUCUAAGAUGGAUCAGUAUGAGAUCAUGGAACAGAUCGGUCGUGGUGCAUUUGGUGCUGCAAUUCUUGUUAAUCACAAAGUGGAGAAGAAGAGAUAUGUGUUGAAGAAAAUUAGGCUUGCGCGGCAAACGGAACGCUGUAGAAGAUCUGCACAUCAAGAGAUGGCUCUUAUUGCUCGAAUUAAGCACCCUUACAUUGUUGAAUUCAAGGAGGCUUGGGUUGAGAAGGGUUGCUAUGUCUGCAUUGUUACUGGAUACUGUGAAGGUGGAGACAUGGCAGCAUUGAUGAAAAAAUCUAAUGGGGUUUACUUUCCUGAGGAGAAAAUCUGCAAAUGGGUUACUCAAUUACUGUUGGCAGUAGAAUACCUGCAUUCAAAUUUUGUUUUACACCGUGACCUAAAGUGUUCUAACAUCUUUCUUACAAAAGAUCAAGAUGUUCGCCUAGGGGAUUUUGGACUUGCUAAGACACUAAAAGCAGAUGAUUUGACUUCUUCGGUGGUAGGAACUCCCAACUACAUGUGUCCUGAACUGCUUACAGAUAUUCCUUAUGGAUUAAAAUCUGAUAUUUGGUCACUAGGGUGUUGUAUAUAUGAGAUGGCUGCUCACCGCCCUGCUUUCAAAGCUUUUGAUAUGGAUGGAUUGAUAAGCAAGAUAAAUCGAUCCUCUAUUGGUGCUUUGCCUCCCUGUUACUCUCCAUCCUUGAAAACACUGAUAAAAGGCAUGCUGAGGAAAAACCCCGAGCAUCGUCCAUCAGCAUCCGAUAUCUUAAAGCACCCUUAUUUGCAGACUUAUGUUCAUCAAUAUCGUUCGUCUCUCUGUCCUCCAUCAGCCUCUUCUCCUGAAAAGCCAAUUUCUUCUGUCCAUGUUCCUCGGGAAAACAUGGCCGAAAGUGAAAACAGUAAUAGUUGGAGUAGUGAUAAAGGUAGUUUGAUGUCAAGUGAGAGAAACGCUGCAAAAGCAGCACCAAAGGGUGAUAACAAAAUCAACGAGGUAGACCUGACAUCAAUUGACGAUAAUGGGUCUGACCUUCUCAUGCCAGGUGGAAAAGGAAAUAGCUCCAGCAAUGUCAAUGCCAAAACAGAUAAACAGGAGAUUAGGAAGCAAACUCACAUUGAACACCAUUCUAAUGUUGGAUCUAAGCAAGUAAAAGCAGUUAAGAAUGUAAUGAUAGCACCAAAACAUGAAAAGGUUAGAGAGACAAGUACUCCAAUGAGAGGCAGUUUGAUGGAGGCUGGUGGUAUAUCAAUACAGAAAAUCAAUACAGAGACAUUGUCUAAAUUGCCGAAGCCUGAUUUUGGUGUUACUGGAUUGAAGCCUAUUUUAGAGGUGCCAACUAUCGGACCUUCAAAAGCAACACUUAAUUGUAAAAAACGAAUCGAAGGAUCACAUACUACAAAACAUCAGAAGUUACAGGUGAUAGAGUCUACACCAAAAAAUAAACCUAGGCAUAAGUUGUCGCCUUCUUGUCCUAUCAAACAGGUAGUAGCAGAAGCUGUAAUUCCUGCCAAGCCAAAACAAAAGACUCCUCCAAGCCUACUUAAACCACCCUCAUUUCCGAGAUGUAUAAGGCAGGCCGCACAUGAUAUGCGAAAUGCAGCAAAUGAUACAGAACAGAUAAGUCCAAAUAAAAUAGCUCAGGACCUAAAGAUGGGCCAUCAUCAGUUGACUAGGGGCCAUCUAGCACAUGUUUCUAGAGAGCCUUUGAAGGCUUUUGAAAGGAGUACCAAAGGAAUGCAAACAGACAACAGCAUUUCUGUCUCACCUUCCGUCUCUAUUCAAGGAUUCGAAUUUUCUGACUUUGCAACCACUUUUAUUGACUUGAGUGAACCAACACUCCCUGAACAUGGGAGUUUUAAUCACACUGAAAAGGUGGAAUCACUUCCAGAUAGCAGCGAACCUGAUGAAAUUUUUUAUGGUGAAACCUCUCCAUUUACACCAAUUUUUCAGAAUACCAUUACUAGUAGUGAGAAAUUAAGUCCCAGUUUAACUCUGGAUCACUCAGUUCAACAUCCUAAGGUAAUGUAUGCUUCUGGUGACAGCUUUCUCGUAAAUAAAACAACUACAUCUGGUCCCUGUGAGUGUGAUGUUCCCUCUGCCGAAGUGACACAAGAAAUCAAUGACCUUCAAGAUAUUUCUAAGGAAAUGGCUUCAAUUAAAACUUUUAGGCAUCCAUUCCCUAUUUCUGGAGAAAAGUCUGUUUGUGAUGUUAGUCCAGUAAGCUUGCCAAAUAGUAGGCCUGGUAAAGUUAGCCAGUCAAAGUUUAUGUGCGUCUCGACUGGUGACGAGAAAUUCAUGGUGAGGGAAAGAGUCUCAUCAGUGGCUGAAACUGCUCCUCUGAAUAUAUCUACUAAAAUUUCAAGCCAGAAAGUUUUACAAGACGAGAAGAGAAUGAUUUUACAGAAUCCAGCAACAGAAAGGCCAGCUUCUGGCCAUCUUCCCCCAGCUUUUGAUGAUGUCAUCCAUGUUAUACGCCAUAGCAGUUAUCGUAUUGGAAGUGAGCUUCCAGUAAAGGAAUCAACUGAGACGGGAGUUACAAAUGUAGAUGUUGGUAAACUUAUCAACAUUGUAAAGGAUGAUUUAGAAAUGAGAAACGCGGGAACUCCUUUGUCCCUUAAAUCUUCAAAUUGCUCUGAAGUUACUAGCCUUAACUCAAGUACUACUGAUAAUAUGGAAAUCAGAAACUUGAGCUUGAAGUCAAUUUUUUCUAACUAUCCUGGUGUUGAGGAACAUAAUGUGAAAAACCCUGACUCACUAGUUUCAAAACCUGACUCCGCUAAAUAUACCAAAUAUAACCCUCCUACAGCCGAAGCGGAAAUGCCAGAAAAGGAAUUAUUGGAUGUUAAAUCUUCCAAGCAGAGAGCUGAUGCACUUGAAGGGCUGUUAGAAUUGUCUGCAGAUUUGCUGCAGCAAAAUAGAUUGGAGGAACUUGCAGUUGUUUUGAAGCCCUUUGGAAAAGAUAAGGUCUCCCCAAGGGAGACAGCCAUUUGGUUGGCCAAAAGUCUGAAAGGAUUCAUCUUUGAGGAAAGUGGGGGACGUAGUUAAUGAGGUUUAUUCUUGGUAUGUUUUUUUUAUUCUUCUUUUUCCUUUAUUAGUACACAAGUGCCACUUGAAUUAAGAGAACAAACAAGCUUUAUCAUUUCUUCUCAUUUUUUUCCCAUUGUUUCAGUGCCUUUGUGCUACUGUAAAUAAUAACCAUUCAAAUUAAUAGCAUCAACUUACUGUCAAUUGUU